UCGGCUGAGUGCGCGAGUGAAAAAUCACAAUUGCAUUUUUUAAUCUAGUUUAUUUCAAUUAUUUAGUGUUUUCUUAUUAAAAAUUGUGUAAAAAAUCGUUUAUUAUAAUCAAAUAAUUGAUUAAUCAUAAAAAACCAAUGAAAAAAUAAAUAAUAUUGUGCAAAAAAUCAACAAAAAAAAAAUCUUGUUUGUCUCUCUGUGGUGUGUCGUAGUUUUAGUGUAUAAAAAUGGCCCUGCCCAAAUGUUUUCUACUGAAUUUUCUUUGUUUCAUAAAAAAGUAAUCUUAAUAAGAAAAAGACGAUUUAAUCGGAUAAAUAGUUGUAGUGAAAUAAGAAUUUUGAUUUAUUCUUUAAAAUAAAUCAAAAUGGAAGAGUAUUUAAAUAGCAGCACCGUGGGUCCUGAUGUGGGAUUCCCACAGGACCCAUUUGAUAAACUCAAAUUGGAUAAGCUUAUGAUGGAACUCCUGUUUUCGCUGCUAGCAUCGAUUACUUGGGUCAUAUACAUAACUUUUUACAACUCACGAGUUGUUGGCGUUAUAGUUACAAAAAUCGUCAACCGAUGGUUUUUCAAGGGAACAUAUUUCAAAAUCGGUUCACUUUCAUUAAAUCCACUUGCUGGAAAGAUAAUGUUUCGUGAUUUUGUGUACGUGUGUUUCGACUACUCGGUACGAAUUCAAGAUGGAUAUUUUAUAUUCCGAUGGUGGAGAUCGUACGUUCCCAAAGAUGUAUCAGAAGAUUUAUCACAUUCUGAUACGAGACUUUCUGUGCAAUUGAAUGGUUUCGAGUUACAUAUCUACAAUCGAUCUGAACUUUAUGAUCAUCUAGAAAAAACGUUUGGUUUAAAACCAUCGAUUUUUAUUCCGACGGACAAUCUCUCAGCUGAGGAGCGAAACAAAAUCAAAGAACAUGCUAUGAAUUUGGAAAAUUCAAGACAAACUGCAGCAGCUUCAUUUAGCAAAGAGAAUAAAAAACGUUCCGAAGCAAUGGCAGCAACAACCUGGCGAGAUUUAAUUCCUGUUAUCAAAAUCGACAUCUGUUCGGGUCGUUUUGUCUUCGGCAACAGAUUGACUCCGACUACCUUGUCAAUUUCUGUGGAAGAAGCUCGUUGCACUUACAGUACCAAGCCGGCAGUUUGUCGAUUAGACCACUUUAUGCACUUUGUCAAGGCGAAGGUGGAAAAUGCCAAAGUUAUGUUCGCACCAAGUCCAAAAUACACAGGAUUGGUUGAUGAACCUCCAAGAUACAUGGGUGAGGGUUUUGUUGUGAUGAUGUCGAAUUGUAUGGAUUUGUAUUUCUAUAUGGAUGAAGCCGGAGUUGUACCCGACGAACCAGUACACCUCACUCUGGCCAAUGGUGAUAUAGUCGAACCAUCUCCUCCCGUGUGGGGAAUCGAUAUAAAAUGCCAGAAAGGAACGGACUUUAGCUACGGUCCUUGGGCCGAUAGACAACGUGAUCACUUGUUCAAGUUCUUCUUCCCCCCAGACUGGCAGAAAAUGAAAGAAACCCCUGCUCCAUUGCCAGGUGAACUUCGUGCUUAUCAAUCAUUCGAUGUGUGUCUAUGUGUUCUGAGUGAGGCUACAAUCGACAUACUCUUCUCGAAGGACAAAGAAACAAAUGCCAUGCACAUCACCGUCGGUCCAGCAUCGUAUGUAGAAGUUACGAUUCCCUGGGUUAACCAGGCCGAUGGUUAUACAUCAAAAAUCGCAGGUCAACUAUUUCACGUUGAGGCAACGACGAGUCUCCAAUAUCGCAGCUUAGCCGAGCUGGAAUCUCUCGAGUACAAAGUUCGAAUUCACUAUCCAAAUAAGUGGAACGACAGUCAAGACUGGAGUAUCAAUUUGAGCGGAUGCAAAGCAACUGCCUUCAUUGUUUACAAACAUAAAUGCUUCUUCCAGGAUCUCAUCGAGGACUGGGCAAAUAAAUCACGACCUGACAUUCUCAGCUUUGUGCCAUAUACCUGCAAGUUUACAAUUCUCCUGAAUGAAUUCGAGAUUCUCACACUCAGCAAUGAAUACAAUUGGAUCGAUUGUUCAUCGGCAAAUCAGGAGAAUCAUCAUUUGGCCUUUUGUGGGGAUCUAUUCGAUCUCAGUUUUGCUCUGCCGUUCGAUGACUUCUUGCCACAAACUGUGACACUGAGAUUUUGGAUACAUGGUGAAGGUUUAGAUUUGAGUAUGUACUUGCCUGAGGUGUCCUCAGCACGUCCAAUAGUCUUGGCAAUUGAUGAGAAUGCAAGACUCCUCACACGAGGUGGAAAGAUCAAAAAUCGCCCAGAAUUAUAUUCGAAAAAAUGGCGGAAAAUAUGCCAACGCAGUGCUGGUUGGAUAGAUUGUUGGACAGUGCCAAUUGUUGCUCUAUCGAUUCAGUAUAUUUACCAUCCAGUUCCACCACAAGGUCCUGAUCCUCAGGCCGACAUAACAACUCCCGAAAAAGAAGAAAUUCUCCUUAGUCCGAUGAGAAUUCCGAAAAUCCGAAAGUCUCCCGUAGCGAAUUGGCAAAGUGAAACUUACAAAUUCGACCCAGCAACAUUGCCAGCAGAUCAAGUGACAGUGGAACUUGAGAUUGGUUCAUCAGUGAUGAUGGCCUACGGAAGUGUGUUGAGGAAUUUCAUACAUUUGAAGGAGAAUAUCUUUGGCGAGGAUCAAAACUUCACCGACAUGGAACAAUCGAAUGUGCAGAUGAAAGAAGGAACAACCGCAACAAAUCCAAAAGAUCAACUUCUUGGCAAGGACAAAGAUGUUGCAACAAAGUCCAUUUCAGAAGUAACAGUUCCCGAAGAGAAACACAAACCUUUUGAUCCACGUCUAUAUAGGCCACUUGAAGUUGUGGUAUCUGUGAUUAUUCAUGACAUCCAAGCUCAUAUAAUGAAGAAUUGUAAUGAUAACGAUCCUCCAUGUCCUGUGAUACUUAUCGAACGACUCGGUUUCGAAAUGAAUAAACGAUAUACUGGAACUGAACUACAAGUUCUAGUUAGUCCAUCGUAUUUAAUAACUUCCGAUGCACUUGUUCGACCUAAUCGAGAUAAACACAUUAAUCAAGGGCAUUUGUUAUUGUCUGCUGUUCAGGUUCGAGGACAUGCAAUGUUUAGUAAUGAAGGAUGUGCUCUUGACGAAGAUACUCUUGAAUACUCAUGGUUGGUUGAGAUUCAAUUAGGCAAGCUAUCAGGAAAACUUACUGUCCCACAGCUUGUUAAUACCGUUGUUGGUUUGGAAACAUUAAUUCUCCUUGCUGUCGACCCAGAAAACUGUUUGAAGUCUCCAAAAACCGUUCGAAACUGUCACCAUGGGGUACCAAGCAAUCAAUGCCCUCAAACCAAAGAAGAAAACAAAUACAAAUGUCCCUCAGCUGAGGACAUUAAAUACAAAAUGACGAGAGUUUCAGUUGAUGCUGUGGAUGUUUAUCUGAUUGAAAGUGGAACUGCUUUGCAUACUUGGAUCUCUCCAAUUCGUUUGGCUACUUGUAAUCUUCAUGGCCAACGUGUAAAAUCUGGAAUUUCUGGUCUUCUUCCUUCGAUACUUUUACGACUUUUUAUGCUAAAUACAGGAUGUAAUACAAGUAUGGCUACAUCGUACAGUAAUACAAAUACAGCAGGAAGUAAUCGAUCUGGAAAAUAUCGUAAAGACGAUAGUAAAAGUGGUGCUAGCGAACCACAAAUCAAACCAAAACGAAGUUCGAAUUCAUUUUCCCAACGACGUGAUUCAAAAGAAGAUGGUUCCCGAAAAUUGCGAGAUAGUUAUUCAGAUGUCAAACGAUGUUCUGAAUCGGAACUAUUUGAGAAUUGGUUAGAAGUUGGAUGUACUUCAUUAGGUCCAAUUUUAUUGGAAGGUGCAUCUGCUUUACCAAUUCCAGAUCAUAAAUUACACAUAGUUCAACAUAAUUUCCUUCGAGAACACGAUGUUAAAUCAAAACGUCUUUGGUUCUUAUGGUCGGGAAAUAAUGCUAGUACAGAGAUUGCACGUUGUGGUUGCAUUGGAGGAUGUGCAUUUUUCGGAAGUAAUCGCAAUGGAAUGAAAUUCUUCAAGCCAUCAGCUCAAGAUGUUCAGGAUAACUAUAACAUUGCCAGAUAUCACGUUAUUGAUAGUCCAAAAGAUUAUGGGUUCGGUGAGAGUAUUCUGCAUGAAGGACAAUUAGUUUUCCAUACACCGCCAUAUAGCUUACAAACGGUUUCUCUUUAUGAUAAUUCUGAUUUCACUGGAAAGGGAAAACAUUAUCGUCCAUCAAUGGAUGCUCGAAAUGGUGGAAGUUUGAAAAAAUCAGAAAUUACAACCAAAGACAUUGGAUCGGGUAAAUUUAAAGUAGCAGAAAAGCCAAACGAUCUAAACGGUCGCAAAUCACGUGAAAGUGUUGGAUCACCAAAUACACUCGAAAGAAGAAGUCAACGGUAUUCAUUCACCACAACCACUAGGCAAAAUUCAGUUGAAGUUCCAUAUGCUCGACUAUUAGACAGUCCAUCGAAGAAAAUCAUGCGUCAAGAGUCAAUUGAAUCAUCACAUACCAUGUCCCUUCGAAGAGGAUCAGAUUCUAAGACUCAAAGUUUAAGAGUUUCACCUCCAAAAACAAGUGUAUCAGAUUCACGAUUAACUGGAGAUGUUAAUGUUGAAGAUGAAAUUGAGAUGCCUGAAGAAAUGUCACAUUCUGCACCUCAUUCGCAUCCACUUGAAUUUGAAGUUGCAGACAUACCAAGUCAUCAUACUGAUUUAAGUGGUGAUAGUUUGACACGUGAAGUACAGAGGACGAUCUCUUUGACGUCGGAAAAUCCAUCGGAGAUGUUUUUCUCAGCCGAAGAAGAUAUUUCGAAUGUUAUAUCACAAGGAUCGAUGAAAAAUCGUAAUGGUUCGAUUGUGUUCUCGGGAAAGAAACGUUUUUCUUCGGAUUUGAGUAUUGGAGCUCAAAACGAAGUCGGAGGUCUCACUCUAUCGACAUUCCGAAGUGAUUUAGAAAUCCAUGCUCCUCCCGAGAGUAACAACAAAACUCUACCAAAACGACCUCAGAGCACAAUGGAGUUGAACGAAGACGUGAGACGCAUUCAUGGUCUUGCAACUCCACUUAGAAAACUAACAAAUAUCUCAUCACGACCAGAGUUUCGCCAUUUCGUACAUGAUAUAUCCAAACAGGUUGAUUCACGUGCCUCUUCUUCGGAGACUCCAUCAUUGUCGUCGAAUUCGUUUAUUUCAGCAAUGUCCUCACAAGAAGAUGUCGCUCUUAUAAAUCUUCACAUGCAAGUGAAUCGUCCCAUCAUCGAUUCACCACUCCUGAUGGCAAGUUAUCUAAAUCAUUUGUCACAAGUGAAAUGUUUCAAUUGGACAGCCUGUUCAUUUCCUUCGGGCCCUGAUGUUUUUUCGACACCAUUGUUCCAUGAGAACGAAGAAGGUGGCUUGACUUAUAUUGGAAGUAAAAUGAUACCACAUUUUGAUUUGUACUCAAGUUGGAAAGAAAUCAAAGUUGUGCCUCGAUAUGAGAAUUCGUCGGGUAGUAGCAGUUCGACAACUUUUAUUGGAGGACCCAAAAGCCAUCCAUGGGAUCCAAGUGUGUUGCUUAAGGAGGAGGAAAAUGAGAAGUCAACAAAUGGCUUCGACGAUGGUGAAUUUAUGAGUUUGCAGACAGAAUCAGCAUCGUGUACAUCGGUGGUAGCGAGAUUGAAAGGACAAGUGAAUGUAUUUUUGACACCUCUUAUGCUCGAAGGAUUACAAAGAAUGAUUGAAGCAACAAUUCCCACAAUAUCCUCAAUGCAUCUUCUAUCCGUCGUUAACUUCAUCCAUUCAUCUUGUAUUGGAAAAGUUAAAAAUGACAACAUUUUAAAACGUGAUCAAAGUCUAAGCUAUUGGUCACAGGUUCAUUCUAAUUCCAAGCGUUCGACAACGGAAAGGAAUCUUCUUGGACCAGGAGAUUCAUUUUUAAGUGAUGUCUAUGAAGAGAGUAUCUCUACAAAGACACAAGGUUUAAUUGUAUUGCCAAAAGUCAGUAUCACUUUACUUCAAUCGUCAAUUAUUGAAGAAGUGAUAUCUGUUGCGGCAUUAGAUAAUGUACAGGAUCUAAGUUGUGUGUCACUGUUGACCUUCUAUAUCGAAGGAGUUUCAACGAAGUUCCAUUUGGGCAAGACUACAAGAGCGUCAAUGCAUAAUGUUUACAUUCAACAAACUGUACGAUCUGGAAGUAGUAAUAAAAAGGGUGGAAUUAUGAAGGGAACACGAGCUCUAUUGGCUCAGUUGUCAUCCCAGACACGUCCUGAUAAUAUUCAAGGUGAACCUAUCCUCAUCGAAACAUCUGAGAAACAACUAGAAGAAUUGGUGAUAACUCUUGACAUUGGUCGUGCUCAUGCUCAGUUGAGACGGCUGAAGACCGAAUGUAUUCUACCCCUGGAAUCACCUGUCAUAGUCACAGCAAUACCAGAACACAAAAGCAAAGCUAUGUUUGACUGCUUAAAAAUGCCCGAAAAUACCGGAAUUGAUAGUAUUGGAUUUAUUAUGUUUGAAUGUGGCCUAGAAGGUGUGGGCGUGAAAAUUGUAAAGAGAUCGCAUUUUGAGAAAUCCGAAAACACCAAAGAAGACAUUGAUAUGCGAAAUCAAGCUUCUGGAGUGACGAACUUGAAUUUGAAUGACUUUGUUGGUACAUCAGCGGCAACAGUCACAGCUGAUUCAUCAAAUUCAAAGGCAGAAUCAGCUUGGAGGUUGAUUACAAAGAAACCACCAACUCCAAAGACACCGAAAGAGAAAUUCGCUCAUGCUCUGGAGAACAUCAUAAUCCCAGAUCGAGAGGGUGCAGAUACAAGUCGUCCUAAGGCAGGUCCAAAGCCCAAUGACGAAGAUGUAGAAAAAGGAAAGGGAAAGAAACCUGAGCAAUUUGAUAAAGUUGCUCCAAAUGUUAAGGAACAAGACAAAACCUCGUCUUGUGUGAUUGAUCUUAAAUCCGUUUGGUUCAAUUUUGCUGCUCCACCCUGUGUACCGAUCACCAGAAAGAUAGAUUUUACAAGACUGGAUUGGAACUUACUGAGCACAGCUUCGCCAGCAAUCACCGCCUGGAUGAAUCCCAGCAACCGUUUGGCUAUAAAAAUUGUGUCUCUUACAAGAGCGCUUCACACCCGGCACACUUCUGUUGCAGCUUGUCUUAUGGCUGAUGCUCUGGAAAACGAAAAAAUCCGAAAGAUUAAAAAGAGUCGUUAUUCAAGCAACUACACCCUCUUGUCGAAGACCCUUCAAGAAGAUCCCAGCUGUCAGUUGUGUACAAUUAUGCAAAAGUUGGUCCUUGAUGAAGGAGUGCAAAAGAUCGAACACAUAUUCAAACAAGGCGAUAUUCCACAUCUCAAUACUCUGAGACAGGGAAUCAUUGUUCUAAGCCGCCAGUGGAAGAAUACUCUGUACAAUCCAAUUCUAUUCGAACAUCAGUACAAAAACAAACUUGCACGUCCAACAAAUGUUACCUUUUCAUUUGCUCAAACCGAAGAAGAAUGCGAUGAAGGCGAGUGCGAGGGUGAAGCAGAAUUGGGUGCUUAUAACACGGCUGGAGAUAAUCCAGAAGAGAGUGAGAAUGCUUUAUUACUUGGGCAAGCACAGCAUCGAACUCAUAUUGAUUCCUCACAAUUUGGAUUAGGAUUCCCGAAUGAAGCUGCAAAUGUACAGAAUUCUGCAUCAACAUCACCGCAUUUACAACCGUCUCGAAAAGGACAUUUAAAAUCGUCAAACUUUUCACAUGGAAAUUCUUCUCGCUCUAGCAUACAAAUGCUUCCAAUUAUUUCGGGAUUAGUUGAAAAACAAGUACCGGAAAUUGAAUAUGGAACAUUGCAAGAAGGAUCAUUGAGCUCUACGAAUUCUGUCAAUAAAUUUUGGUCAGGAGCCGAAAAUCAAAAGGAAGAUCUUUACUUCUGGAUGGCAAAACAGCAGGAAAUAAAGAAAAAGUUAGAUGGUUUGUCGGAUAAGGAAAUAAUUCGUCCAGCACCGACGAAAAUCCCCGAACAACUUCCCACUCGUGGCAUAUUCCAAGACUCAAUCAAACUUCUCGAUGCUCACUUAAUUUUCGAACCACUCCUAACCUGUUUGGGUGUAAUGCCCCAACAAAUGGUGAAUAAGAUAUCAAAUGCUGACAUCUCAUCGUUAGAGAACUUCGGAACAAAUCUUUCGCUCAUUGGAACAUUUGAUUCGAUUCGAGUUGACAUAGUUGUCAGCGAGGCAGGAGACAAAAAGAAUAAACCUUCGAAAAUGAAUAAGAAAUCAAAUGGUCGUCCAGCGAUAAUAUUAGACACCCCAUCGUUUCUUUGUGAACGGGUGGGCAUUGAGCUGGAAGUACUUAAGAUGUCCGAUGGUAUGGUCGAUCAAGCUCGACAAAAUGUCAUCUAUAUGUCUAGAAGGCAAUUGAAGAAGCACACGAGUACAGUUAUCAAUUUUAGUCUAAACAUUCGAUUCAUUUCACAGCAAGUUAACAUGCCUCUGUUGAGACUUCUUCAUCAAAUCAGCAACAUGUAUCAAAAUGUUAAAGAUGCCCAAAACGAGUUCCAUGACCAACCAGAUCUCAGCAAGAAAUCUACUGCAAAAGAUGAAUGCAGUUUAGCUUCUGAACCAAACGACAUUAUGCCAUUUGGAUCAAUUUCGGAUCGUUUUACCCACAAUGAAAACUCUUCCGACGAACGAUAUGAUAAGUUCAAUGAGAUGAUUGGAUUGCCUAAUUCAAUAACUAACAGCAGUAAAACUCGUGUAGGAGGCAUUGGACCGCUAAUUCAGCUCACUCCAUCACCAAAUGCUAAAAACCGUCCACAAAGUUUUGCCCAAAAAUUACGUUCCACAGGAAAAUCAGUGAAAGGAAAACUUGGCUACACCAAUCUUACUGAGUCUAGUUCUUCACCUCUUCGUGAUAGUCCAACCACUUCUGUGAGUGAACAUCAAAUGUUUAAGCUCUCCUUAGAAUCGAAAGCGUCUUAUAAUGGCUUAAGUGUAAGUGCUGAUUACCAGGGUCUCGGUAAGAAUGGUAUCAAUGGUUCCCUUCCACCAAUGGAUACACCAAAUUGUUGGAAGACGAUAUUCCAUCUGUUGGAAUUGUAUGGAACAAUGCCAGAAACUAAAACUGUCCAGAGCUAUUUUCGUAGGGCAUCCGUAUCUACAGAGCCUAAUGAGGCAAAUAAACAACCCAAGAAAAAUGCUUUUGUUUAUAUGCGUCAUGAAAAGGAUGAUGAUGAUAAUUUGACUAAUGCCCCAACACCACUGCCACAACAGCGGGAGCUUCUUGAGAGCACAAUGCAAGAGAGGACACGGUUGAUUGUUUUUGGAGUUGCUAAGAUUCAUAAAACUCGACUUCUUGCCAUGUUGAGUGGUCUAAAACUUGAAGCUGAGAUAACAACUUUGAACAGUAGUGCUACUUGGCGCAAGAAAGCUCGACCAGUUUCCCUGGAAUGUUCAUUAACCGGUCAAGUAGGUAGAGCAAUGAUUGUUCUUUUAGAAGGAGUCGCUCCAAGUCAACAAACUGUUGUCAAAGUGACGGUUGGCAAGAGUCAAACACUUUAUUCAAGUCUGACCAAGCGUGGCAAGGAUAAAAAUAGCGGUUUGCUAUCAAUUGGCCCAGUUAAUAUUGAAAUUCCCCAACAUCCAGUCGCCUUGCAUGGCAUGAUGACAAGAAGUUCAAAGCAACUUUCAUCUACCCUACAAGAACUUCGAGUUGGAAGAAAUUCUGGACGCCCACCCCGACAACACGAAGAACCCGAAUCACCAUUCCAUGUGCGUGACCAAAAGAAACGUCCACACUCGCAUAAGAAAUUCCCCUCAACCAUGAGACCAAAUCAGCCCCAGAAUGGAUUACUACAGCCAUUAGUUAUGCAGUUCAAUGUGCUUCUACAGAGUUUAUCAAUUAAUGCAGCAUUGUUGCCAUCCUUACAAGCUCAAUAUCGUAUGAAUCAUGUUAGUUCUACGGGAGUAACUGGGCAUAGAGCUAAAUUUGUUAUUGAUUUGCCAACUCACACGCUAAGUUUUACCACCAAAAUUCAGAAUGAAAUCAAUUUACCUUCGGAAGCGUGUAUAGCUCUGCCUCCAGUACACGUCAGUGCAGAAUAUAUCCCAGAAAAUAGACAAGAGCAGGAUACCGAAAUUGACGGAAUUAUCCUUCGACAAGGUGGCUACGUGAACGCUUCAGCUGAAAUUGGUGAAUUUGAGCGAUGUCUGACAACGGAUCUUCUCAAUCAUUUGGUAUUCGUUCAAAAGGUCUUCAUGAAAGAAAUCAAUGAAGUGUUGCAAAAAGUUUAUGGUGGUGAGAAGCCAGUACCUAUUUGGUCAGAAGAUAGCGACAGUGUUCAGGAAUCUUCACUCAAGAGAAUUCUAUUUUCUCUCAAUAUAUCGAUGAAGCGAAUUCAACUCACGGCAACAACUCCCUGCUCAUCGGCGGUUCGCUUUGAAACUGGGACCUUAGAAUUGCAUUUAUCGAAUCGUGUGAAGAAUGUUGGUGAAGGCAACGAUAGGAAGAUGUUUGGCAAAGCUCACAUCGAUUUUAAUCUCUCACUUGGGCAAUUGAUAAAGAAUGUGAUAUUUGAUGAGGCAGAGCCAGAGUUCCAGCAAUACGCAUUCUUCCACACGACAAUAGGGCUUAGAAAUGCGUUCCAAGAUGAAUUGUUAAAUGAGGAUAAGGAGCUUAUAUUGUUGAAACUCAAAAGGCCAUUGAUCUACAUUCAACCUGUGGCUGUAGAUAAAGCUAUUCUGGUUUGGCUGAACUACAAGAACGCCUACGAAUAUUGGGCUGAGAAGAGGGCGAAUUUGAAUUAUGAUCAUUGUUAUGGAAAUCAAAUGUUUGACCGAGUUCCUUUUGGUCAAUUUAGCAAUAUUGCAUCAUCGAACUUAUCGACUUUGUUCUUGCAAUUGACAGUGGAAGAUAUGGGUAUUUGUUUGCCACUCAAUCAAGUUGCUCAAUCUUGGGGCACAAGGUCUUAUCAAGAUUUUGAACCUAAAGGAGCUGUCGUCAUAACUCUCGAGAAUACAAUUAUUUCAGCUUGCAAUUCGGGUUCUCUCGUGUCCAAGGGUCGAUUCUCUGGACUUUGUUUACGAUUCGCUGACGACUUCGAAACAACUCUUGAUGAUUGGAAGCCAAAUAUGAAUGACACAAACAUAAUGAAUUUGUGUGUUGUCUCCGAAGGCACCUAUGAAGUUUGUUCAAGGACAGCUGCAGCCAAAAAAGGAGAAAAUGCCAAAUGGCUUUUGAAUGUUAAGUGGCAAAUGGAAGGAGUCGAUAUUCACUUGGAUAUCAACAUUGGGAAGCAAUUGUCAUCGCUGGGUCAUACUCUGACAAUGCUCACUGGUUCGGAAGAUGAAGAAACUAAUAUUGAAAGUCCCGAUAGCGAUGAGGGUGAUCAGAGCUACAAGGAGACGAUAAUUCGUCGAAGAGACUUUGAGAAUCUUCCGUCGUUUGUUUUUGAUCCAUCGAUUGAUUCGAAGAAGCGUUCAUUUAUGAUGGAGAAGGAAAUGGCUGAACAGUUGAAGAUCAUCAAUGAUUUGAGAACUUUGGGAGCUUCACACAAUACUGUGGCACAUGAAGAGCGUCGAUUGCAAGAACUCCAAGCAUUGUGCUAUAAGUACUUCCGUCGUGAUAUCAUACAAAAGUUCAAACGACCAUCGAUUCGUCGAUCGACUCUGAAGAACACCAACCGUUCAUAUUCGUAUGUUGGGCCUUCGUUGAGCAAGGAACCUUUGGAUGAUGUGUACAGUAAAAAACUCGAUACAAUCGCCUCGAAUGAUGAGAUAUCAAGCUUGCAGAGUACACCGGCUUCUGGUUGUUCGAGAAGUGCAUCACUGAGAGCUUGUGGGGCGAAUCGAGUAACUUUCUCGGAGGCAAUGAGACAAACUUCUCUCCCAAAUGCUGAUACUGAUACUGAAAUGCCAGAUAGUGAUGUUGAAUGGAAGGGUUAUGAUCGGCAAUCUCCAGCAGAAAUAGAUAUUGAUGGAACCUCGGUUGAGAUGCGCAAGAAAGGAAGCUAUCUUCAAAAACAACAGGAGCCAAAUAUUGACUUUGAAUUGGACAUCAAAGUUUUGGUUAAUUCAGGAAAAUGUGUUCUCCAUACCAAGGAAUCAACUGAGGAGCGGUUUAUUGUCAGUGGUCCGACAAGUGUCAAGACCCACAAACGUGAGCGAAGCAUUGGCAAUGACUGGGGUAGUCCCACUCCGUCUCGACGACAAAGAGACAAAAGCAAGAUGCGCUACAAUCCUAACAAUCAAGUUCUCUCUGAUCUAACCAUCUUUCAUAUACCCGGCUUGGACGUUAAGCUGCACUAUCAAUCCAAGACAAUUGCCGAAGAUCCAUCGACACGUCUGGCCUCUGGCGAUAGUCAUUCCAUGUUUCGUAGAACCGGCAGCAAGAGGGCUGCGCUAUUUGCGUGGAUGACAUUGCAGAGCAUACCCGAGGAGACUAUUAUCUCUCCGCAUAUUUUAGAGUUCUUAGAACAAACUCUGGAGCCGAUUCCAUUCAAGGCUGACAGCAGCUCGGCAACAUCAUCAGCUGCAAAUCCUGUGAAUUUGGAUAUUUUGCCAACAAAUUAUGUGACCUAUGCAUCGUUCCCUGUGGAUGUUAUAGUUUACUUCCAUAUGCAACCAUCUGCGUUUAGAUUCUCCUGUCUGCCGGUAUCCCGAGUAGAGUGUAUGCUGCAACUUCCAAGUUUGGAUAUAGUUUUCAGUUCGAAGAGAUCCGAAGAUGACGAUAAGGCGGGAACAGAUGAUGCAGAAAAAGCUGAAAAGGAUAAAAUACCAUCAGGUGGAUUAAGUGUAACUGGUUGUUUGGCUGAUUUCAAUGUCUAUAUCUUCCAUCCGUAUGGAGGCAAAAAGACCAACACAAAAGAAGCCCAGUUCUCCCCUCUGACUGACAGUGAACGCAAAGAUUCGCUGAGUAUAAAUGUUGAAUUUGUCAAAUUCCAUAUUACUCGAUGUCGCAAGUUGUAUAUUGAACCAUCGCCCAGCUCGAAACGUGCCAUAGAUCAAUCACGAGCUGUUAUUCGGUUUUCCACAAUUGUGGACAUUGGAAGUGCAUCGUUUAAGUACGAUAUGCGUCGGUUGACUGAAAUUCUUGCCUUUCCCAAGGCUUGGUAUCGACGUCGCAUAGUCAGACGUCUGUUCCUUGGGGACUUAAGUGUUCAUCAUGGAGGUUGUUAUGAUACAGACCUGAAUGGAUCAACGACACCGAAGGAAGCCAACAGCAAGACACCAGUGUUGAAUGAGUUCCGGGAUAAGCAGUCUGCGUCGGGCAAGGAUCCUUACUACACCAAAGAUAGUAUGACUUUAGAUUUUGAUAAAGAUCUAAGGAAGUUUGACAAGCUGCAGGCUUUGGGUAAAUCAUCAUCGGCUGAGUCGAGUACACCACCCUCGGAGAAGAGUCAAAUAACAGCGUGGGAAACUUUGGUACUGUUUGCAGUGAACUUCACAAGACUGAAUGUUCAAAUGAAUAUGGGAAAUGUUAUGGGCAAUGUGGUUUGGUUAACAAAAGACUUCCAAAGUGAUGGUCGCCUAAGCAUCGGCAGCACUGGCUACAAGAAAAUGUACAGUGGCAUUUAUCUAGGCGGAUCAUCACUGGACGCUAAAGGCGGUAUAGUCGGUGGUAGCUUUGAAGUGAAUAAAAUCAAUACCCGUUUCCAUAUUAAAGAGGAAUCUGGUGUGACACCAUAUCACACAAUGGGAUUGAGUUUUAUGGCUUUGGAGCUACGACUUGACUAUAUGGGUACUUCGGUACUUAUGACUCGCGUCAGUUCAUUUUCUGCCGCCAUGAAAGAUGAAUGGAAGACAUCAACAUCGUCAGAUUUAGGUGGUGCUGGUGUUAGCAACGGUUCCAGCGGCAAUACAAAACCUCGUGCCACAAUCCUUAUCCAUGGUGAUCUGUCUUGGGAUCAAUUACAAAUUAUGAUAUCAAAAUCAACAACAGCCGAUUUAUUGAAAAUGUAUUAUAAAUUAGAAGAAUUCUUUACACAACAAUUCAAAUCAUCGAAAAGGGUAUUUUCAAGUCUUGAACCGAGGUUACAUGACAGAAAUUCCAGUACAAAAAGGCGACAGAUGAAAAAGAAGACUAACGGAGAUUGUCUGCCGCAAGCUGACAAUUCGAACACAGAUGCCAGGCAUCACAGGCACUGGCAGCGACCUCUGGAACAAGCUAUGGGCUUGAUUGUGCCAACAUUAGUAACUCGACUGGGAAGGAAUGGCAAUAUUUUAGGAGGAAGUGCAAAGUUGCAUGGAAACAAUAUAUCUUUAGCUUGUUUCCAUGGCAUCAAUUUUAAAUCAAAAUCUUGGGCUCUGUUUAGUUUAAAGGCUCCAUCCAUUAAUUUCGCCACUGAAGCUCAUCAAGCACAGGAUACGAAGGAAGUCAUUAUCACCGAAACACUUUCAUCUAGUUUAGGUCAAAAUACACAGACUCAACAACAGAAUCACUCUAUGGCGAUCGUUAGCCGAAUCACUCGAAAUAUCAUCUUCCCGCCACAGUUUAAGACUCUCAACGAAUGGUUCCAUUAUGCAUUUGCCAAUAGUGAAAUCGAUGCUGUUGAUCGGUUUCCUAUUUUGGAGAGGGAUCGUGAAAUUGCUACAAAUUCAAUUGAACGAACUCGAAGUGGCGGCUCGACAAACUCAUCGAAGUCAUUAGAGCAUAAUCAUAACAGGGAGGUAAUAUUUGCAUUACCAAGCCUCCAAUUCAACUUUAAGACUGAACAUAGACAGGGUCCAAAAACCCCAGAACCUACUGAUGGAAAACCAGAGGUUGUGUGUAGUUUUAUUACAGAAUUUGAUGAUCAUAUUUUCGUGACAGUUGAUGCUGAUGCAUUCUUCUUCUUACACGACUUAAUUACAUCCUAUGUUAAAGAAAAGGAGAAAAUUGGUCCACAAUCAGUCCGAGCUGCAUCACCAAAUCUCUCGCAAAAUCUUAAAAUCCAAUUAAAACCUUUAGUAACUGAAGAAGUUGCAAAGGACAAAAAAUCAUCGACAGACAAAAAUGAGUCAAUGGAUUCUGUUGAUUCCAGUGAUAAGAAAUCAACAAAUCCAAACGACCCAACCACAUUGGAUUUGGAAUCGUUUGUUAGAGAUUUUCGUCAUUUCGAGUGUCAAACGUGGCAUUUGGAACCAACUGUACGUUUGUUGUCGUGGGCUGGCAAAUCAAUUGAACCCUAUGGUAUUGAUUAUAUAUUAAAUAAAUUAGGAUUCUCACAUGCUCGAACAACAAUACCCAAAUGGUUACAACGUGGUUUUAUGGAUCCAUUGGACAAAGUCCAAGCCAUAAUGAUGUUGCAAUUAUUAACUCUCAUUAAAGAGAAUAAAAUAGAAAAUUCAUCAAAGAAAUCUUCGAACUAGACAUUAAAAUUCUUUCUUUUUUAUGUUAUGUAUAUUUAUAUAUUAAUGUGCCGCAAUUAUUAUGUAUUAACUAUGAUAUAUAUAUAUAGUAUAUGUAGACUUUAAAUAAGCUUUUAACCAAAAAAUAAAAUUGUUUAGUUAAUUAUAA